CUUUUUAUUUCAUACGCCAUUUUUCCGUUUCAGUUAUCGAUUGUUGUAAAUUUACCUCAGAGAAUAUAAGUGUUAAUUUUAUAGUAAUUGGUGCCAGCCCGAUUAUUUUGUACAUUGUAAUUGAUUACUACUUCUUAGUGAAAACUCUAGGACAAUAUACAGGGCUGGACAGUCACAUCUUCUCGUGUUACACCUGCCAUGAGUGUCCUGCAGCUUUACAAGUCUUACAAGGCAUUUUACCCCUGCUGGCUGAGGUCAGAGGUCAUUCACGGGAUCGUCUGCCUCCUGUGCGGCUGAAAGCAGAAAAUCUUCAUGGUGCCGCUGAAAUCCCACCCGUCAUGCGCAAGAGGCAAAACUGUGCCAUGCAUGCUGCCUUCCUGACCAGACACGGCUCGAGGGAGACGGACUCGUGUCUGAGGAAAGCUCAGUUCCACGUGGACCUCUGGUGUUAUUUCACCCUCCAGAACUGGCUGCUGGACUUCGGCAGGACUUUAGCCAUGAUCUUUUGUCCUUUGGCGUGGUUUCCUUUGAAUAAACCCAGUGCCGGUGACUAUUUCCACAUGCUGUACAACAUCACAACACCCUUCCUGCUGCUCAAGCUCAUAGAGCGAAGCCCGAAGACGUUGCCUUGCUCCGCUGUCUACCUGUGCAUCAUCACGUUUGUGAUGGGUGCCAGUGUACACCUGGUGGGAGAGUCCAUCAACCACCGGCUCCUGCUCAGCGGAUACCAGCUGCACCUGAGCGUCAGAGAAAACCCCAUCAUGAAGAGCCUCACACCACAAACUCUGGUUGACUCGUUUGAGUUGUUGCAGUAUUAUGAUGAAAGUCUGGCUCACUGCAUGUGGUGUGUUCCUCUAUUUCUCAUCCUGUUCCUGUAUUUCACUGGCUGUUUCACUAUUGUCCAAGCAGAGCAGACGAUGCCCAUCUCCGCUUGGCUUCUACUGGCUCCAAGUGGCCUUUACUACUGGUAUCUUGUGACAGAAGGACAAAUUUUCAUCCCGUUCAUCUUCACUUUUUUUGCAAUGAUGGCUACAGUCGUGCAUCAGAAGCGCAGAGGUUUUGUGCCGGACGGUAACGGACUCUUCCUGCUCUACAGUUUUUCUCUGUCUCUUGUGUUAGUGACCGUCUGGGUCGCCUGUCUGUGGAAUGACCAGGUGUUACGGAGGAAAUAUCCAGGAGUGAUGUAUAUACCAGAGCCGUGGGCCGUCUACACACUGCACCUCAGAGACAAACAGGUGCCACUCGCAGACUGACAGUGCAGAUCAGUAUGACUGCUUUUAUCAAGAGGACUUGCACUGCAGCCAUAAACUCUUCAUUUAUAUGCUUAUUUGUACUAAAAUGAGGAAAAGUAACUGUCACGUUGCACCUUCAAAAAUGGACUUCCUAUGAAUUUCUGGAAAAAAUUGUGCACCGAGUGUGUGGCUUGUGUUUAGAUGAAUGAAAAGAGUCCAUUUCCAUCAGCCCAAGUCAUUCAAUUAACUAUUCUAUUCUAGAUUUGUAAUAUAUUUUUCUUUUAUUUCAUUUUAAGACAAAAUAGCAUUACUAAAAAGUGUUGUUAACAAACUGACAUUUCUUCUUUUUGAUUUGUUGAAGGAUUCUUGAAGAAACAAACAAUGUAUGUUCUACCUCAAUGUGUAAAGGUUUUCCCCUGUGUAAAAUAAUUUUUCUGAAGAUACUUUUAAUUUUCAUUUUUUCCAUAGUGUAUAAUAUUUUUAUAUUUUUUAUAACAAUAAUUAUAUAUAUGGGAAACACACAUCAGUCAGUUUAUGUGUAUA